UCACGUUCCAAAACCCCUCUGCUCAACUACACAGCGCAAUGGCACAACUGAGUCAAUUGACUCAAUACAUUGAAUCGUACGUCGACUCAUCUCGCUCUUCGACUCAGCAGGCUGCAAGCGUGGACGCUAUUGCUUACCUUUUGAAGAAUGAUAUAUUAACUUUAGAGACACUUGUCAGAGAGAUGGGGAUGUAUUUGUCCACUACAGAUAACAUAAUCCGUGCAAGAGGUAUCCUUCUUCUUGCGGAAUUGCUUACACGUCUUGCAUCAAAGCCACUUGACAAUGUUACCAUACAUAGCUUGAUAAGCUUCUUCACAGAUAGACUGGCAGAUUGGAGAGCUUUGCGAGGUGCACUCAUUGGUUGCUUGGCAUUGAUGAAGAGGAAAAGUAAUAUUGGUAGGGUUACUGACAAUGAUGCAAGAGCACUUGCCCAGGCAUACUUAGAGAAUGUACAGGUGCAAUCUUUAGGACAGCAUGACAGGAAGCUCUGCUUUGAGAUUCUGGAAUGCCUAUUAGAUCAAUACCCCGAAUCAGUUGCUUCACUGGGUGAUGAUCUUGUUUAUGGGAUCUGUGGAGCUAUUGAUGGAGAAAAGGAUCCUCGUUGCUUAAUGCUCACAUUUCAUAUCGUGGAGAUUCUUGCACGACUAUUUCCAGAUCCAUCUGGUCCACUAGCUAGUUUUGCUGGGGAUCUUUUUGACAUUUUGGGCUGUUACUUCCCUAUACAUUUCACACACCCCCAAGGUGAAGAUGUUGAUUUGAAAAGAGAUGACCUCUCUAGGGCAUUAAUGCUAGCAUUUUCUUCUACAACUCUCUUUGAGCCAUUUGCCAUACCAUUGCUUCUUGAGAAACUUUCUUCUUCUCUGCCGUUAGCAAAGGUUGAUUCUUUGAAGUAUCUCAGCAAUUGCUUGUUGAAAUAUGGAGAUGACAGAAUGACAAAGCAUGUUGAAGCUAUUUGGUUUUCAGUAAAAGAUGCAAUCUUUUGUUCAGAGCAAGAACCCAUGUUAUCCUUGGCUUCAGAAUUACUAGAUCAUGUGGGCUUUCAGGAGAACGAAAUUGUGACAGAGGCUUUCAUACUUCUGCAGAAGGUUAUUUUGGAAAAUAGUGGUUUGUCAUUAAGUUUGAUUGUUGGUGAUAAAGAUAUAAACACGAUAGUCAACACAGUCACUAGUUUUAGAAGUUACAAUGAUAUUCCUCUGCAAAGCAAGCACAAACUAUGUGCAGUUGGUCGUAUCCUCUAUGUUUCUGCCAAGGCCUCUAUCACCUGCUGCAAUCGAGUGUUUGAAAGCUUUUUCUUCCGCUUGAUGGAUACUCUGGGGCUUUCAGUGAGAAAUUCAUCUGGGGAUUGCCUUCCAAAUUUUGAUUAUGUCUUUAGUGAAAGACUUAAUUUUGGGGCCCUUUAUCUCUGCAUUGAGCUCCUUGCUGCAUGCAGAGAUUUGGUGGUUGGCUCUGAAGAACUCACAUCAAAAUCUGUUUCAGCACAAGAAUCAUGGUGCUGCAUGCUUCAUAGCUUUUCGAGUUUAUUAAUGAAGGCCUUCAGUUCUGUAUUGGAUGCAAGCACAGACAAAGAUGCUUAUGAGGCAGAUAUCUACUCUGGAGUGAAAGGUUUGCAGAUUCUGGCUACUUUCCCAGGGGAAUUUUUACCAAUAUCAAAAUCCACAUUUGAGAAUGUUUUGUUGACAUUUAUAUCAAUUAUCGUUGAGGAUUUCAACAAAACAUUGUUAUGGAAACUAGCAUUGAAGGCAUUGGUGCAAAUUGGCUCAUUCAUUGAUAGAUUUCAUGAAUCUGAGAAGGCACUGAGCUAUAACUACAUUGUUGUUGAGAAGAUUGUUUCAUUGAUGUUUCUCGAUGAUUUUGGCCUGCCUUUUCAACUCAGACUGGAAGCAAUUUCUGAUAUUGGCACUACUGGUCUGAAUGUUAUGCUGAAAAUUGUUCAAGGGUUGGAAGAUGCUAUAUUUGCUAAUUUAUCGGAGGUUUAUGUCCAUGGAAAUCUGAAGUCAGCCAAAAUCGCAGUUCAGCUUUUGGAAUGUUACUCUAAUAAGCUGCUUCCAGGGAUCCAUGGAGCUGGAGAUUUUGAGGAUGUUCUUUCACGUUUUGCUGUUAAUAUUUGGAACCAAAUUGAAAAUAGCAUGGCUUUUAGUGUUGGGGCUCAGGAAAAUGAGCUUCUUAAUGCAACAAUGACAGCAAUGAAGCUUGCUGUUGGGAGUUGUUCAGAGGGAAGUCAGGGUAAAAUCAUUAAAAAAGCUUACAGUGUACUUUCAUCAUGCCCUUCUUUUACAUUGAUGGAAUCCAUGCCAAUCACCGGUACAGUCCAGUUGGAAGGGUUGAAACAUACUCAAGAUUUAGAAUGUUUUUCUUGUAGAGAUAAAUGGGUUAUUUCAUUAUUUGCAUCAGCAAUUAUAGCAGUUCGUCCUCAAACCCACAUUCCAAAUAUAAGAGUAGUGCUGCAUUUAUUCAUGACGACCCUUCUUAAGGGCCAUGUUCCAGCAGCUCAGGCAUUGGGUUCUAUGGUUAACAAACUGUGUCCAAAAUCCAAUGGAGUUGAGAUUUCAAGUACUUGUACUUUGGAAGAUGCACUGGAUAUAAUUUUCAACACAAGUUUAUGGGAUUCCCAUAACCAUGGUCCCUUAAAGAGAUGCAGUGGAAUAGGGGUGGACAAUGAGAUGGGUCUUGCUAAUUUAUGCCUUAGUGCUUCAAACUGUCAAUUGCUUCAAGUUUGUGCUAUUGAAGGAUUAGCAUGGAUAGGGAAAGGUUUGCUUUUGCGGGGUCAUGAAAAAGUUAAAGAUAUAACAAUGAUUUUUUUGAGGUGCUUGCUGUCAAGUGGGGGAAUAGAUAACUCGCCAUUGAACCAGGGUUCAUUAGAAAACAAUCAGGAGCAGGAUGUGCUUCCUUCAGUGGCGAAAUCUGCAGCAGAUGCAUUUCAUGUUCUUAUGAGUGAUUCUGAAAUUUGUUUGAAUAAGAGAUUUCAUGCAAACAUACGGCCGCUCUAUAAGCAACGCUUUUUCUCUUCAGUACUGCCCAUUCUGGUAUCUUCAAUGGCGGAAUCUCGUUUGUCUAACACAAGAUCUAUGCUAUAUCGAGCUUUAGCACAUGUUAUUUCUGAUACUCCACUCAUUGCUGUAUUAUCUGAAGCCAAGAAGAUCAUUCCAAUAUUAUUGGAUAGCUUAUCCGUAUUGAGUACUUAUAAUCUGGAUAAAGAUAUUCUCUACAAUCUCUUGCUAGUCUUAUCUGGGAUAUUGAUGGAUAAAAAUGGACAAGAAACUGUGGUCGAGAAUGUGCAUAUCAUCAUUAAUUGCCUUAUUGGGCUUGUUGGCUACCCCCAUAUGAUGGUUGUUCGAGAGACAGCAAUUCAGUGUCUUGUUGCCAUGUCCAGAUUGCCCCAUGCUAGGAUUUAUCCCAUGAGAACACAGGUUUUACGUUCUGUACAAAAAGCUCUUGAUGAUCCAAAGAGAGCUGUACGUCAUGAAGCUGUUAGAUGUCGACAAGCAUGGGCAUCAAUUGCUUCCAGAAGUCUUCAUUUCUGAAGUAAUGGGCUUUUUCAAAGCUUGCUUGGGACCACAAAGUGUGAGCAUCCAUGAAGUGCAACAUCAAUUUGGUUUCCUGCAACUUUGGCUUGUUCAGAUGAUAAGUUAAUCAACCAUGGUGAUUUUGGGAAGACGUUUAAAGCCAUCUCAUUGCAAAAAUGGAGACAUUGGAGACACUGUGUAGUGUAUGUAUAUACUGAGGAUGUUGAUUGGCAAAAUUUUUCUAGUCAAUAGUAAGCUUAAAAGAUAUAAGUCAAAAGUUACGAUAAGUUUGAAGGGUGGGUUGGUUUCUUUCUUUCUCCGUUUUUUUUUUUUUUUUUUGCCCUUAAUUUUUUUCCCAUAGGAUUCUUGUAUCAGCUUUGAGCUUUGUUGAGGUUGUUUGGUUGCUUCCGAGAAGCAAUUUUUAGUCUGAAGAUGUGUCUGUGAUGAGGGAACCUUUAUUUAUGUUGUGUACAGAAAUCAUUAACAUGAAAGUAAAAUUGAUCUUAACCCUAUUGUCUGAAA